CUUUAAUCAUAAUUUUUUCGAAUUAUUUCAAUUAACAAAAUAAUUAAAUAGUACAACAAAAAAAAUGAAGCUUUUAACGCAUAAUAUGUUAACUUCAAAAUGCUUAAAAGGUGUAACUGUUGGAUAUCCCCUUGGAAUUGUUGCAAAAGAUAUUAAAGUCUCAGAAGUAGAUUUCAAUUCAGAAUUUAUUGCAAGAAUAAUUCCAAAACUUGAUUGGGCUACACUUUGGAAAGCUGCAGAAAGUAUAGGACAUGUUGGAGAAUUACCACAAACUCUGAUUCAAGAUUUUGAAACAAAUGAGGAAUUUUUAAAAAAAGUUCAUCAUGUAUUACUUGAAGUUGAAAUCAUUAAUGGAGAUCUAUUAUGCCCGGAAUCUGGUAGAAAAUUUCCAAUCAAUGAUGGUAUACCAAAUAUGCUUUUAAAUGAAGAUGAAGUUUAAUAAUUAAUAUUACAAUAAUAUUAAUAAAUGUUACAAUAAUAUUACAUAAUAUUACAUAAAUUAUUACAUAAAUUAGACACUAUCUUUAUAUUUUUUUUUUACCAAUGAUAAAUAUUUAUAUGUUGUAUAUAAAAUGUUUCUUUCUUUUUUAAAAUAUACAUAGUUUAAUUUUAUAUCUUUGUUAUUGUAAUUAGUACAAAAUAAUGUAACAUAAAAACAAUAAUUUAAAAACAACUAUAAAAAAAUAAAUAAAUAUAUAUUAAAUUAAAA